AUGAAAGCACCAGUAGUCUGUCCACUAACAAAGUAUGGAUGCAGCUGUAAAAUUAGGCGAUGUGAUUUUGGUAGUCAUUUGAAAACUGUACCACAUCAGGAAAGUUUAUUGAACUUUCUUGAGAAAUUAAAGGAAUUAAUAAAUGCGGUAAACCCUAAGGCAAAGACUCUCACAACAAUGAGUACGACUGUCAAACAAAACAACAUUGAUCAUUCUGAAUCAAUGGAAACUGAGCAUGACAGUGCAUUAUAUUCAGUUGCCCAUAUAAAUGAUUUACAUGUGGAGCUUGCAAAGUGUUAUGAGUUAUUGACAACUUUAACACAAGCUGUUGAAACAUUAUCACUUGAUAUGAAUCGAUUGAGUGCACAAUCAUUAUAUUCAACGAGUUUGAUCCCGAGAAUAUAUGACCAGUUGAAUGAAUUGAAAAAACAUAUGACCGAAAAAGACAGUCACACUGUAACUAUAAGUGCUAAACAAGAAAGUUGUCAACAAGAUGUAUCACAUAUAGCACAGAAGCUGGAAGAAAUACGUUGUGCUUCAUUUGAUGGAAGUUUAGUAUGGAGAGUAAUAAAUAUCGCUGAUAAAAUGGGUGAUGCUAAAAUGCUUAUGAAGGGUGAUUAUGAUUCUAUUUUGAAAUGGCCAUUUAACCACAAAGUCACAUUUUGUUUAUUUGACCAGUCUGGUCAAAAUCAUCAUGUAAUACAUUCAUUUUGUCCUGACACAAAAUCCACAAGUUUUCAACGUCCUUGUAGCGAAAUGAAUAUUGCUAGUGGCAUACCAAAAUUCAUCUCUUUACCUAUGAUUCAAGAAGCUCAUAAUAAUUACAUCGACGAUGAUACAAUGUUCAUUAAAGUGAGUGUCGACUUUGUUGAUUUACCCAAAAUAGUGCUGCGACACGUUUUGAGCCUCAAUCCAGGUUUACCAUUUCACGUACAGCAGUCUUUGAUUAAAGAUGAGAUAAAAAAAUGUCAGGAUGGAGCGAAUACAGAUGCUUCAGAUGCUACUUUCACACUGUCAAUCGGUACAUGCGAAUAA